UGGAUAUGAACAGAGAGAUCAUAAUAAAUAAUUGUAUAGUCCUCAUAAAAGUAGUUUGAAAAAAUGGCUCAGAUUGCUAAGAUUGCUGAGAAGGUGCAGCUGAAGUCAUCUGGCGAGAAAUUCUUUGAGUUUUUUAAGAACAAAGCCGACUACUUUCCUCGAAUGUUCCCUGGAAAUAUUAAGAGCUAUAAGUUUGUGGAAGGAAAUAGUUUCAGUCAUGGCAGUGUCUCCAUCUGGAAAUAUGACCUUGGUUUCGGUAGGGCAGUUGAAGUAAAGGUGAAACUACUUUUGGAUGAGGCCAACAAAACAAUCAUCUAUGAAUGUCUUGAAGGAGAUUUGUUCAAAGACUUUGAUAUGUUCAAAGUGAAAAUUGAAGUGACUGAUGGUGGAAGUAGUGGCAACAGCUCAGUUAAUUGGUGUUUGGAGUUUGUGAAGUCAAAUGAAAAUGUGGCUCCACCAAAUGACUAUCUUCAAUUUGGAGCUAAAAUAUGCAAAGAUGUGGAUGCUUACCUUUGCAACAAUUGAACAAAAAACAUAAUAUAAAAUACCAACUUUGGAUUGGUUCUUGAAAUUAAUAUCUUAAAUAAGAUGGCUUUCCCUUUUAACCUCCACUGUUGUGUGUACUUUAUAAAGAUAAUAUUAUCAAUUUCAAUAA